UUGGAUACAGUUACAUCUAUAAAUGGCGAUAGAAUUUUUACUGGAUGUACAAAUUUGGAAUCAAUCUCUCUUUUAUCACUAACUACCGUCAAACAAGAAUACACAGCGAUAUUUGAUGAUUGCCCUGCCUUGAAGAAGAUUUAUUUCGGUUCUCUUCCACCAAAUACUUUUAAUGAGAAGAUCUCUUUCAAGAAUGUCGAAAUUAUUCUUCCAGACCAACAAUCAUGGGAAAACUAUAAGGACCAGUGCGAAAAGGAUGAAACAGGAGAAUAUUUCUGGCAUGAUUUCGACACAAAAAUGAGAGAUCCAACUCCAACACCAGAACCACCAACAUUUACACCAACAAAGGUACCAACUCCAGUUCCACCACAAUCUCCAACACCAACAAUAGAUGAAGGGGGAGAUUCACAAGAGGUGAAGAAGUACAAGAACAUUUUGAUUGGUGUUUCAACUUCCAUGGGAUUGAUUAUCAUUAUUUUGGUCAUUGUCAUCAUUGUUCUUUGCUGCCAGAAGAAGAAAGAAGCGAAACUCACGAGUGUUCCAAGUUUGUUGUCACCACUUACUACAGUCGAUGAGCCUUUGACUUCAUUGACUUUCCGUAGUAAUAACCCUCUUUAA